UCUUCGCAGAUCCGCGCCAGUCGCGCUGCAGUCGCACAUCACGAGUGUUUAUUAUUAUUAUUAUUAUUAUUAUUAUUAUUCUUUUCACUUUUUAAUGUAAAAUAAUCAGUUUUUUCUUCAUCGAGUUUGUUUGUGAAAAUCAGCAGCGAUGAAUCUGGAGUUGCUCGAGUCCUUCGGGCAGAAUUAUCCAGAGGAGGCCGAUGGCACUCUGGACUGCAUCAGUAUGGCUCUCACUUGCACGUUUAACCGCUGGGGGACGCUGUUGGCCGUCGGCUGUAAUGACGGACGAAUUGUCAUCUGGGACUUUCUUACGCGCGGCAUUGCCAAAAUUAUCAGCGCGCACAUACAUCCCGUCUGUUCGCUCAGCUGGAGUAGAGACGGACACAAGCUCGUGAGUGCCUCCACAGAUAACAUCGUCUCUCAGUGGGACGUCCUGACAGGAGAUUGUGACCAACGAUUCCGAUUCCCGUCACCCAUCCUCAAACUGCAGUGCCAUCCCAGAGACAUGGAUAAAGUUCUAGUGUGCCCUAUGAAGUCAGCACCCGUUCUUCUAACGCUGUCCGACUCCAAACAUGUGGUUCUGCCCGUGGACGAUGACUCGGAUCUGAACGUGGUGGCGGCAUUUGACCGGCGCGGUGAAUACAUCUACACUGGCAAUGCCAAGGGAAAGAUUCUGGUGUUGAACACAGACACGCAGGAUCUAGUGGCAUCGUUUCGGGUGACGACGGGAACCAGUAACACCACAGCCAUCAAAUCCAUCGAGUUUGCACGGAAGGGCAGUUGUUUCCUGAUAAACACAGCAGACAGAAUCAUUCGCGUGUACGACGGCCGAGAGAUUCUCACCUGCGGCAGAGACGGAGAGCCUGAACCCAUGCAGAAACUACAGGACCUUGUGAACAGGACGCCGUGGAAGCGCUGUUGUUUCUCUGGCGACGGCGAGUAUAUUGUGGCGGGAUCGGCACGGCAGCACGCGCUGUACAUCUGGGAGAAAAGCAUUGGGAACCUGGUGAAGAUCCUUCACGGCACGCGAGGAGAACUGCUGCUGGAUGUGGCGUGGCACCCUGUGCGGCCGAUCAUUGCGUCGAUCUCCAGUGGAGUUGUGUCUAUAUGGGCCCAGAACCAAGUGGAGAACUGGAGUGCGUUUGCUCCUGAUUUUAAAGAGUUGGAUGAGAAUGUGGAGUAUGAAGAGAGAGAGUCAGAGUUUGAUAUUGAAGAUGAAGACAAGAGUGAACCAGAACAGACCGGAGCUGAUGCAGCUGAAGAUGAGGAGGUGGACGUCACUACAGUUGAUCCCAUCGUAGCGUUCUGCAGCAGUGAUGAAGAGCUGGAGGAUUAUAAAGCACUGCUGUAUCUGCCCAUCGCUCCGGAGGUGGAAGACCCAGAGGAGAAUCCGUUCGGACCACCGCCGGACGCCGCGGUGCAAAACGCCACCACUGAAGACAGCAGCACUGCAGAUAAAAAACAAAGACAGCCAUCUACAGACGGAGGUCCGCCCAAGAAGAAGAUCCGGACCACUACUAUCGAACUGCAGGGCGUUCCGAGUGAUGAGGUGCACCCGUUACUGGGGGUGAAGGGCGACAGUAAGUCGAAGAAGAAGGCAGCCGGGCGGCCGAAGGGCUCUAAAGGUAAAGAGAAAGAUUCUGCGUUCAGAUCCAAACUCUACAGGGACAGAGCGGAGGGGCUCGGAGUGCUAGGAAAUCUCGUCUCAUCGGCAUUCAAGCAGCAUGAAGUGCAGGGUUUUGACUGAAGCUGAAGAAAACGGCGCCCCCUGUCUGUGUGGAUGAACAUCGCCACACUUUUUAUGGACUGUAAAGACUGAAUUUGUUGCAUUAUUUCUAAGGACGUCACAGCUCAAUGAUGCUGCAGUUGGAAGCCUGACUGAUCCAUUCCUCGUGUAGAGAGAAAGAGAGAGCGAUAGAGAGGGAUGCAUGUAUUUUUUGUAGAGUAGAACGAUCUGUCGCCGUGUAACAGAACCAGCUGGAUCACACUUAGAUAUCCUACAACAAUGCUGGUUUAGUUUUCAGUGAUAUCUCUGUACGGUGAUGGUUUUUUAUACAUAUUAAACCAGUUUUUUUGUUUGUUUUUUUGAGAGUGCUGUAUUGGUUUGUGUUGUUGUUGUUGUUUUUGGCACAAUAAUGUUUUCUGAAGCACACUGCAUAAGAAAAAAAAAAUCCUAAUCAGUAUUUCCGUCUUGUUUUCCUUUUUAAAUAUCUGACAUUUACUUGAGAAGCAAAAUAGUGCAAGAAAAGAUCUUCGAUUAUGUUUCUUUGUUUUUCCACGUUUACAUUUUUUGUUUUUUAUGCAUAAACCCCACAAACUUUUGUUAAGAUAUACUGUAAGCUCAAAGCAAAACUUAAUUCAAGGUAUGUUCUUAUGCAUGGGGGAUGCAGGGGUACGUGUCCCCCUCACUUUCAAUAAAAUCAAAGUUCAUCCCCCUCACUUUUGAAAUGAUUGCUACGCCCCUGUUCUGAAGUAAAUGUAUCUUGUUUUUGAGGUGUUUAGAUAUUUAUACUGAAAACAGAAAUGCUGAUUAGAAAUGUUUCUCCUUUACAGUGUGUCAAGAACAGUGCUGGAAUAAAAUGAUGCUGUAAGUUCAUGCGAUGGAAAUACAAUUCUCCAUGUCGUGUAGUGCACUAACACUGUCUGUCCAGCAGGUGUCGUCAGUGAUCUAAAAAAUGACCUGAAAGACAUUUUUUUCUGUUAUUUGGUACCAUUUUGCAUUUUCUGCUGUUGGAUUCCAUUUUGUGUUUCUGUGUUUUAUUGUGUUAGGAACAUCUAAAGUUUACAGUUCAUCUGUGCAGAAUUGUUCCUCUUACUGAGUACCGUUUGAGCUGCUCAGAUGGAGUAACAGAUGAAAUGUGUGUCCAUCUGUUUGUCAGUCUGAGCUUAACCCUUGUGCGAUCUUCGGGACAUUUUUGUUUUUUUGUUAAUGCCAACGGCAUACAUUUAUCCAAAGGUGUGUAUUUUUGGGGUAAUUUUGAUAUUUCAAUAAUACACUGUGUACACAAAAUAGUUACACUCAGGACCUUCAGGACAAAAAUGUCCCCAUUGAAACCCAUUAAAACUGCAAUAUUUGAUCCCAGUGCCAUUAAAGCAUAAAAUCAUGAAUUCUAUGAUAUUAUACUUUCAUUCCGGAGCCCUGGCUUCAAAAUUUACAUUUUUAAUAUUUUCCACUUUCCACCAGAUGGCGCCAUUUUUCUCAUGUUUAGCCUAUGGAGCAAAUACAAGCUUUUCCCCUAUUCUCUGUUUGCUGUAUUAUAGAGCACUGCAGGACAACUGAAUAAAUGAUGCAGAUAAAAUUGUGUGUGUGUUGGUAUGGAUGUCAAAGUGUGUUUUGUAUGUGUGUAUUGAGAAGUGUGUGUGUGU